AUGGCAGGAUACGAUUACGGCGGCCCAGGGGGCGGCGAUUGGGGCCAUGGCCACGGCCACCCUUCUGCUGGCGAAACACCGUACCGAACUGAUCAAGAAGCCAACCUCUCCCCGGGUCUCAAUCGACACAACGGGGCUCAGGGCAAUCAGAGCGGAAGACCCCCGGCGUCUCCCGCAUUAAGCGCAGAAAACACAGACAACGAGUCGAGGCGCAGCGCUGAGCGGAACAGAUCCAGGCCGCGGGGCUCAAGAUCCGCCAGCGGCCAAGUGCGCACCUGCAAGAAAUGCGGGGAGGCGUUAACAGGACAGUUCGUGCGCGCUCUGGAUGGGACAUUUCACUUGGACUGCUUCAAGUGCCGUGACUGUGGCCAGAUUGUAGCUUCCAAGUUCUUUCCGGCGGACGAUGAGGAUGGCGGAGGCCCGUACCCUCUCUGCGAGACAGACUACUUCCGCCGGCUCGGCUUGCUGUGCCAUCAGUGCGGCGGAGCACUGCGGGGAUCGUACAUCACGGCGCUCGAUCGCAAGUAUCACGUCGACCAUUUCACCUGUUCCCUGUGCCCGACAGUGUUCGGCGCCCAAGACAGCUACUACGAGCACGAUGGCCAGGUUUACUGCCACUACCACUACUCUACCCAGUUCGCCCAGCGCUGCAAUGGAUGCCAGACCGCCAUUCUUAAGCAGUUCGUCGAGAUCUUUCGCAACGGCCAAAAUCAGCACUGGCACCCAGAAUGUUACAUGAUCCACAAGUUCUGGAACGUCCGCCUCAACCCACCCCACGAGGCCGCUACCGCAUACACGGACGACCCCGCCGGUCGUGAGCUUGUGCGCGAGGAGGAGGAGCGCAUGGAAGAGAAGGUCUACCGCAUUUGGAGCGUGCUGUCAACUUUUGAGGAGUCCUCGGCUGCUUGUAUAUCCGACAUGCUCUUGCAUGUUAGCAACGGCGCGUAUGUUGACGGCGUAAUGGUCGCCAAGAGGUUCAUUUUUCACGUCGACAUCCUCUUCCGGUCUGCAGACAAGCUGGACGAAGCCAUGGCCCAGCUCGAGAUGAAUGCUUUGGCGUAUGGACGCGAAGCUAAGCUUCUCUGCAAGAAGAUCGUGGCCUUCUUUUCGCUACUUUCCAAAACGCAGGACAAAGCCACCCGCAAACCAGGCGUCACCCAGGACCUGCUGACCCUGGUCACCGGCCUCGCUCACUACCUCAAGCUUCUAAUCCGAAUCUGCCUCCAAGGAGCGCUCCGGAUAGAGAAGGAGCGCAAGACCGCCGAUGGCCUUUUCCACUUCCUGGACGAUCUCGGCGACCUUGAGACACUGAAGGCGGACGACAACUCCACCACUACCCUGCAGUUGACGUCGGGAAUUUCUAGACUGUCGGCUCACGAUUCGGACCAGUGCACCCUUUGCCGAAAACCUAUCGAGGAUGAGUGCGCAAAGCAUGAGGAUCAGAGAUGGCACCUGGCGUGCGCCAAUUGCUCACGCUGUGGCAAGGAACUGGGACGGAACCUUCAAGAUGCGCGCUUGAAUCACUACGACGGCAAAAUACUUUGCAAUACCUGUCAGCCUAUUACGCCUCCCAACGUGGCGCCAUUCGAGCAUGUCACCAAGCUGCAACAGUAUGUGUUCCUGCUACAGGUAGCACUCGCCAGGCUUCUGGAGAUCCUUCGUGUCACUGGGUCCCUUCCUACUUCGGAGGACUCGACUGGAGAUGGUUCUGGCCCUGUCGAGGGCCGAUCUGGGGCAUAUGGGGGUCAGUAUCCGGCGCAUCAUCGGGAGUCGUCCUAUGAGAGCGCUCUCAACGAUGUCCGGAGGUUAAAAAGCACCCGAUUGGAUAAGCACCUAUCGUCGAGCUUUAGGAAGGCCCGGACAUCGCGAAUCCUAGAUGGGCCCGAAAGCAGUAGCGCACGGCCUGGAUCUGCCGGCGGUGGCCCCGGAGAAGGGGGAGCAAACAAGGGGUUUCACAUCGUUGAGGAACGAGGACCGAUCGACGAACAGGAUAUGAUGCUGCCGAACCAGGAUGCACUGACACUAGACGACAUCCCUCGUAUCGUCGCUGCUGAGCAGGCGGCGAGGGAGCAGCGGCCCUACCCGUCUGCCCGACCGGACCUCUUCCAGUCCCCAGCAGCCGAGUCCAAACCGGGAGCCGGGCCCCCAAGUGGUGGCGACCACCAGCGCAGCCUGUCAGAUGGUCAGCGGGCAGGAACACGCGCCCUUGGCGACCCGUCCGCUCCACGCUCCCGGCGCUAUUUCUCCGAACUUUCGGGUCUGGAAUAUUUCAUUGUUAGACAUCUCGCUGUCCUUACGAUGCACCCCAUGGUCGAGUCCGAAUUCACACUUGAAGAGCUGCUUGGCCUGAUCGAGAGCAGGAAAGCUGCCACGUUCUGGAAGAACAUCGGCAAGGCAUUCAAAAACGAUGGCCGCAAGAAUGUCAAGAAGAAGGGAGUCUUUGGUGUUCCCUUGGAGGUUAUAAUCGAGAGAGACGGAGCAGAGUCCACGGAUGGUGUUGGACCGGGCACCCUGCGGAUUCCGGCCGUCGUGGACGAUAUCAUUUCGGCCAUGAGACAGAUGGACCUCUCAGUCGAAGGCGUCUUCCGAAAAAAUGGCAACAUCAAGAAGCUUGGCGAACUUGUGGAAAAGCUUGAUAGGGAGGAGGAAGUGGAUUUCAGCGCAACCCACGUCGUCCAGGUGGCCGCCCUUUUGAAGCGCUAUCUCCGAGAACUUCCAGAUCCUUUGAUGACGCACAAGCUCUAUCGGCUGUGGCUGGCGGCGGCGAAGAUUCAGGAUGAGCAGAAAAUGCGGUAUUGUCUCCACCUGACCUGCUGCUUGCUUCCCAAACCGAACCGCGACUGCCUGGAGAUUCUCUUUGGCUUCCUGAAAUGGGUUGGAUCGUUUCACCAGGUCGAUGACGAAUCCGGGUCGAAGAUGGACAUCAAGAACCUGGCUACCGUUAUCGCUCCCAACGUGCUGUUUGACAAGGACAAGGCCUCUACCCUUGGCAGCGAUCCAAUGUAUGCGAUUGAAGCCGUGGAGGCAUUGAUUACUAACAUCGAGGAGAUGUGCUUGGUCCCUGAUGAUCUCGUCGACAUACUGAACGAUCAGGCACUCUUUAACAGUAACGGAGAUCUCACCACGAAGGAAAUUCUCAAGAAGUUCUCUGAUCGCGCUGCCAAUCGCCUCGGGCCACGGCAAUACGCCGAAGUCACCGAGAUCGUUGGUCGGCACGAGAUUCCAAGCCGGCCCCCACCGAGGCGGGUAGAAACCGACCCCUCGCAGUGGCAACAGGAGAGCAGCGUCCGAACAGUCCAGGAGCCGACAAUACCCUUCACCGGUCCCCCUCACAUGGGCACGCCGCCUCCAAAGCGUGGACCAUACGACGCACCUCCGCCUCAACAAUCUCCGUACAGUCAGCUCGACCAGCCGGGGCCAACACCCGACGGCAACGGCCGGGGUGGCCAACCGCAGAGGGAAUGGCGGAACUCGGGUUGGGGGAGACAGAAUAGCGGCUUGACAACCGGCACCGUCUAG